UAAGACAAAAGUGCCGUAUGUUUCCCCGUGACUUCCUGGCAACUACAUUCACGAUAAACAAUUGAAUAAUUUUAUGCAUUCCUGUGAUUCCUGGAUAAGUUUCGUUGAUUCGACAUCCCGAUGAGUCUAAGACGAUGGAUCUGCGAUGUCAUCAUUCAACGAAAUGUGCGAUUUCAAGGUAUCGUCGCCGGGCGUUUUUUCGCCACUGAGUUAAAGGAUGAAGUUGUUGACAUAACUGCCGCUGACGAGCAGCCAAUAUACUCGGAGUGCGAGGAGGAAUUCAUCGAGAAGCGAAACAAGUCCGGGCUGAGUUCACAGCACAGGAAUAUACUUAUGGGCAAGCCUCCCUACGAGCAGCCUAUUGAUUGGUUUCACAAUACAGUAAGAUACAAGAAGCGCAUGUUAGGUAGAUAUGGAUUUGAAGGCAACAAGGAGCCAGCAGGGUUUGUAUGGCCUACGCCAGAAGAGGUCAAAAUCCUUCAAGAAUAUGAGAGAGUCGCCUUCCCAUUAUCUAUUCAAGAGAGAUGGAAGAAGCUGGAGGAGAAAAAACGGAUAAAGGCUGAGAAGGUUAAAGCAAGGGAAGCUGAAAUAGCUGAGAAAUUAUCGAAGGUGGACCAAUGGACAGCCGAGUUGAAAGCAAGAGUCGCUAAGAAGACAGCCGAAAUGGAAGCUGCUAGGUUACACAAAGAGCGCAUAGUGGAGGAGAUCAGACAGCACUUUGGCUUCAAGAUCUCACCUCACGAUGAGAGAUUCAAGAAGCUGAUGGAGCAAAAAGAGAAGGAGGAAAAGAAGAGAAAGAAGGAGGCUAAGAAGAAGGCAAAGGACGAAAAGUUAAAGAGUAUGAUUGAAAAAAUGGUCACAAAUCAAGAACAAGAGACCAAUUCAACGAAACCUAUAGAAUAGUUACGUUUUCUUUCGCAAAGUAUAA